CCCGGAUCCGCCAGCAUGGCCAGCGAGGAGCUGGCGCGCAAGCUGCAGCGCCGGCUGCGGCUCCAGGAAGCUGAGGAAGGCGGCCAGGGCGACCCCCAGCCUGCGCCCCUCGCCGUCCCAGCCCCGAGGCUGGAGCCCGAGCCCGAGCCUGAGCCCGAGCCCGAGCCCGAGCCGCCCGCCAGAGCGCCCACAGCCAGCGCUGGCGCGGAGCUGAGCGCCCAGCUGAGCCGGCGGCUGGACAUCAACGAGGGCGCGGCGCGGCCCCGCCGCUGCAGGGUCUUCAACCCCUACACCGAGUUCCCGGAGUUCAGCCGGCGCCUCAUCAAGGACCUGGAGAGCAAGUUCAAACUGUAUGAUGCUGGGCGUGACGGCUUCAUCGACCUGAUGGAACUGAAGCUGAUGAUGGAGAAGCUGGGGGCCCCCCAGACCCACCUGGGCCUGAAGAGCAUGAUCAAGGAGGUGGACGAGGACUUCGACGGCAAGCUCAGUUUCCGGGAGUUCCUGCUCAUUUUCCACAAGGCCGCGGCGGGAGAGCUGCAGGAAGACAGCGGGCUGCUGGCGCUGGCCAAGCUCUCCGAGAUCGACGUCGCCCUGGAGGGCGUCAGGGGUGCCAAGGACUUCUUUGAAGCCAAGGCCCAGGCCUUGUCCUCUGCCAGCAAGUUUGAAGCCGAAUUAAAAGCUGAGCAAGAUGAGCGGAAGCAGGAGGAGGAGAAGAGAAGGCUCCGCCAGGCAGCCUUCCUGGAACUCAAGGCUGCAUUCAGCGCAUAGUCCAGCAGACCCUGACCUCCGCCCACAGCGGUGCCUCCACGGUGCCAGGAGGGAUGGCCCAGCAUCUUUACCCCUGCAGGCCCCUCCCAGCCUCCUGCCUGGCCCCAGGCCUCUCCUCAGCCUCACUUGGGUGGCAAGGGGCUGCCGCCCCCCCACUGUCCUGCCCCUGCAAGAGGGUCAUGGGAUGGCCAAGUCCCCCUUGCUCACCUCUCUGCCCUCCCCUGAAGCCGGGUUCAGCCUUCCCCUUCCCUUGCUCCACGCCAGUGAGUAGCCUGUUGUGCUCAUUUGUAUAGAAAUUCUUUCUUUUGUGGUCCUCAGAGGACAUGUUAGCUCGCCAUUUUCUUGGGAAAUCCUUCUCUCCUCCCAUUUCUGUUGUCUUUCUUGGUCAGAUUCUGCCAGUUGCUUUUGUGUGGCCUUCUGUAGUGGUGGCAGGAUCCAAGGAGGCCAGGUGGACCACUGCCCACCCGCUCUCCAGCACGGGGAGCUGCAGCAGGAGAGGACUCAGCAUAAAGACGGGGAGCACUGGCCUGCAGCACCCCCCUGGCCCUCCCUCUUCAUUCCCCUCCUGCGUGUCUCCCUCCUUCUGUCUUCCACACCUAAGUGCCUGCUACUCACCUGUGAGAAGGAAGCCAUCACUAGAAGUACUGCUAAUGAGUAGAGGGGUUCCAGGUCAACUCUAACUCUGCAGAUCAUAUCACAGUGGACCCCUCAGGUUCCCACGAGGUCAGGGACCCAACCAGUGCCUUUUGAAAUCCCCAAAGUCAUGGCCAUCCUCUCCAUCGAGCCAAUUUCCAACAUCUGCUUCAAGGUAUUGAGGUAAAUAUGUUCUUACCCCUAUGAUAGAUUUUUAUAUUUGUGAGUUCUUGGGAUUGCUCACACGGACCAGGGUCUUGUUGUAUUUUUAAAAAGAAUAUUUCCUAUUGUCAUAUUUAUUACUUCUCUUUUGCAACUUCUCUCUUUAGGAUAAAGAAACCAUCUGCAUUUCUACC